AUGGCCACCUGCACAUCWGGGCAGCUCAGGAAGGCCAAGCUGCAUGUGGAGAAGGCCAUUAAGGUGAGGGGUCUGAUUUCACACUGCCCUGAAAAGCCACACUUGUGGCUCCAGAGAGCAGAGGGAGCAAGGUGGGGCAGGCUGAGCUCCCUKCUCUCUCCACAGGAGAAGAAGAUCUUCACAGUGCUGGGCCCUUAUCCCAUCAUCCGCCGCCUGCUGCGGGCCCGGGGCUGGGUGGAAAGGAAAGGGCUCCCCAGCAAUGGCAGACAGCAGAAACAGCAGCUYGGUGACCAAAAGAAACGGCAGCUGCAGAAGAGAGCAAGUAAUGAGCAGGGGGAGGCASUGCUGAACUCACGUGGGGAGGCACAGCCUUCCCUGGGCACCAAAGAGCCYCUGCACCACCCACGGCCCCACAACACAGAGGACAAGGGGGAAGAGGAAGACAGAAAGGAAGACAAAGAGCAGUGCAAUGAGGACUCAGAUGACAUCCAUAACUUCAUGUCCUCCCUGGUGGAGGACCUGGUGCCAAACUUCCUCUGGACCCUCCGCCUGGGCGGCAUUGACCCGGAACUGCUGCAGAGGAUUGAGAUGGUGAACCACCAUCCCGGGGCACACGCCCUUAACACCAAGGAGGGGUUGUGCCAAAGCCUGAAAAACUCAUGUUGGUUUGAGCAAGUCGACCUCAACUCCUUUUUCCCCCGGUGCUACCGGCUGGGUAUCRUGGAGGAGCAGGAAGCCUUCAUCGAGGAUUUCCGCCUGACGGCAGCUCGCAGUCUGCUCAAACUGGCCCUGGAGAAGGUGGAGGACAGGGCAGUGGAGACAGAGCAGUCCCCAAAAUCUGAGAAGGGGCCAGCAGAGCCAGGCUSCCCCCUGUACCCCCAGCUGGUGGAGGACGCCCUGAAGGUCUGUGAGCAGCACUUAGGCGUCCUGGGGCACCAGGACAUCGACAGGAAGACCCCGUCGCCCUGCAAGACAUGCAUCGCCUGGGAUCGCUUCCUGCAUGAAUACUACCGUGUGGCACAUGAGGGAGCCAGGCUGGCGCUGAGCGGGGAGCAGCGGAAGCAGUGCCAGCAUCUGCUGGAGCGCCUGGGGGAGCAGCUGCCGCAGCUCGCCAUAGAGGGCACCCUCAACGUCUGGAUCCUCAAACCCAGCGCCAAAUCCCGCGGCAGGGGCAUCGUCUGCGCGACGCGGCUGGAGAAGGUGCUGGAGCUGGCGCGGAGCUACACGGACCCCUCGGUGGGGCUGUGCGAGUGGGUGGUACAGAAGUACGUGGAGCAGCCGCUCACCAUCUUCGACACCAAAUUCGACAUCCGGCAAUGGUUCGUGGUGACCGACUGGAAUCCACUGACCGCCUGGUUCUACCGAGACAGCUACCUGCGYUUCUGCUCCCGGCCCUUCUCUCUGCGCAGCCUGGAACCUGCCAGGCACCUCUGCAACGUCUCCAUCCAGAAGCGGUACAAGGCAGCCCCGCUGGACCCCCGUGUGCCCCCCGACAGGAUCUGGUCCCACAAGCAGUUCCAGGCACACUUGGCACGGCUGGGGCGGGCGGAUGCUUGGCACCGGGUGCUGGUGCCCGGCAUGAAGGCGGCGAUCAUGGACACCCUGCGCUGCACCCAGCACCAGGUGAGCUCCCGCAAGGGCUGCUUCGAGCUCUUCGGGGCAGACUUUCUCAUCGCGGAGGACUGCCAGCCCUGGCUGCUGGAGAUCAACUCCUGCCCCACCAUGAGCCCCUGCUCGGCGGUGACCCGCCGGCUGUGCGCCAACGUCCAGCGGGACACGCUGCGCCUCGUGCUCGACCGCAAGGACGACCCUACCUGUUCCAUCGGUGCCUUYGAGCUCCUCUACAAGGAGGCAKCCGUGCCCACACUUCUGCCUGUGAAGCUGAAUCUGAUGGUCGAAGGCUGUUCCGUGAAGAAGCCCUGGCUUCCAAAGCAUCGAUCGCAGGACAGAGUCCCCACCACUGUACCCAGUGCUCCCCUGCUCCCAAGGGACAGAGCAAUCAUGGUCCCCUGGUCCAGAGCAGCACAGGAAACGCUCUUUCCUCUGGGGCCACAGAGCAGCUGCUGCGCACCCAGGUCUGACCCUCCAGCACUGCUGCAGCCCCCCGACCGCUCUGCUGGGAGCCAGGAGCUGCCAUGGCUUCUUCACAGGGUUGGGCAGCCCGAGGAAGCUCAGCCUCAGGAUGCUCAGCUCCUGAUCAGCGGCUGUCCCGUGCAUAGAAUGCCGGGACCGCCCGCCCGAGGAGCCCCCAGGAGUCCCUGGCGACCCCGAGGCUGCUCUGCUGCAGAGCAGGAGCUGCCWUGGCUCYUUCACCUGGCGSUGAAGGCCGAGGAAGCUCAACCCCAGGCAGCUGUGCCCCCGUGCUCUAGCUAUCCUCUGGAUCAUGGGCCUGUGCCACCGCCCCGCGGAGCUGCCAGGAGUCCCCGGCCACCUCCGCGCUGUUCUGCCGGGAGCCUGGAGCUGCCAUGGCUUCUUCACCUGCUUAGACAAGCCGAGGAUGCUCAGCUUCAGCAAACUUACAUCCAGGAAGCUCAGCCCAAGGCAACUCGGCCCCCCCUCACUAGCCGUCCCCCGGACAGGUUGCCGCCGCUCCAGGGAGAGCACAGGAGCACCAGGCGACGCUCGGGCUGUUCCGUCGGGAGCCAGGGAUUGCCGCAGCUCACUGAGCCGGGCAGGCAGAUCCCGGCUGCUCGGUCCUACUCAGUUCUGCCCCCCAUCAGUCCCCGUCCCCCGGUGAGGGGGACUGUGCCACCACUCCGCAGAGCCCCCGGCAGCCUCUGGCGAUCCCUGGGCUAUGCAUCGGCUCCCGCAAGGCUUUCUGACCGGCCAGCGCGCCUGCCUCCACUGUAA